UCUUCACACUCUCAGAAACCAAAAAAACCAAAAACCAGAGAAACUUCCCUUCUCUCUCUCUCCCUCUCUCUCAAACCCAGCAAUGGGUCCUAUGAAAACCCUACAAGCCCUCUUCCUCUUUCUACCCCUCCUCCUCAUCUUCACCGCCGCCGACGACGCCGCCGUCAUGUCCAAGCUCCUCGAGAACCUCAAACCCAGCGGCUGGUCCUCCUCCGCAUCCUACUGCACCUGGGACGGCGUCAAAUGCGACUCCGACACUUCCAAACGAGUCACCUCCAUCAGCUUAGCCUCCAACUCCCUCUCCGGCUCUCUCCCUUCAAAUCUCAACGAACUCACCGAGCUCACCGCUCUCUCCCUCCAAAGCAACGCUCUCUCCGGCGCCUUACCUUCCCUCGCCAACCUCACCAACCUCCAAGAAGUCUACCUCGACACCAAUAACUUCACUUCCAUUCCCCCCGGCUGCUUCGGAGGCUUGACCGGCUUGCAGACCUUGAGCAUGAGCAACAAUGUCGAUCUUGCCCCUUGGGCGUUCCCAUCUGAGCUCACCCAGUCUACCAGCUUGGUCACUCUUCAAGCAGGUAGCACCAACAUGUAUGGCAACAUUCCUGAUAUUUUCGGCUCUUUUGCAAACUUGCAAAAUGUGAGAUUGUCUUACAACAACCUUACUGGGCCUCUGCCCAAAUCAUUUUCUGGAUCUGGGAUUCAAAACCUCUGGAUUAACAAUCAGGCCGUUGGGUUAUCUGGUACCGUUGAGGUUCUGUCCAACAUGACUUCGUUGAAUCAAGUGUGGCUGCAUAAGAAUCAGUUCACUGGUACGAUCCCGGACCUGUCGCAAUGUACUGCUCUGUUUGAUCUUCAGCUUCGUGACAAUGUCUUGACUGGGAUGGUGCCGGCGACGCUGACGGCGUUGUCUUCUUUGCAAAAUGUUUCUUUGGACAACAAUAAGCUUCAGGGUCCUAUGCCGGCGUUUGGGUCCAAGGUGAAGGUCACUUUUGAUGGUAAUAGCUUUUGCAAAACCACUGCUGGGCCUUGUGAUCCACAGGUCACUACGCUGCUUCAGGUUGCAGGGGCUUUUGGGUACCCGGAAUUAUUGGCUGAGUCUUGGACAGGAGACGAUGCAUGCGGAGGGUGGAGCUUCGUUGUUUGUGAUGCUCAGAAGGUAGUUACAGUGAAUCUGGACAGCAAGCAUCUCAAUGGGACUAUUUCACCUGCCUUUGCCAACCUCACAUCGUUGAAAACUUUGGUGCUGAAAAACAACAACUUGACGGGUCCGAUACCGGCUAGCCUGACAACAUUACCGCAGCUGGCGGUUUUUGAUGCUUCUAAUAACAAUUUAUAUGGGGACAUUCCGAAAUUUCCUUCUGCGGUGAAGUUGACUACUAGUGGUAAUCCAUUGAUUGGGACUACGCCGAGCUCUGGAGGUGGAGGGAGUGCACCUCCUGGUAACAACUCAACUGCACCGGGUGGGAGUCCGUCUCCAUCAUCCAAGGGUUCUUCAGUGUCGCCCGGUAUGAUUGCUGGUAUAGUUAUUGCUGUUGCUAUUUUCAUUGGAGUGUUGUUGUUUGUAUUCAUCAAAUGUUAUUUGAGUAAAAGACAUAGGAAGUUUGGAAGAGUGGAUAAUACGCUGAAUGGAAUUGAAAUUGCCAAGAGUGACGCGAACAGUUGUGCAAAUGGGUACAAUGGAGUUGCAAGUGAGUUGCAUAGCCAGAGCAGUGGUGACCUACAUGUUUUUGAGGGUGGAAAUGUCGCCAUUUCGAUCCAAGUUCUUAGACAAGUGACAAACAAUUUUAGUGAGGAUAAUAUAUUGGGUAGAGGAGGAUUUGGAGUUGUUUAUAAAGGUGAAUUGCAUGAUGGGACUAAAAUUGCUGUUAAAAGGAUGGAAUCUGUGGCAGUGGGUACUAAGGGAUUGAAUGAGUUUCAAGCAGAAAUUGCAGUCCUCACUAAGGUUAGGCAUAGACAUUUGGUUGCUCUGUUAGGAUAUUGCAUUAAUGGUAAUGAGAGACUUUUAGUGUACGAGUACAUGCCACAAGGAACGUUGACACAACAUUUGUUUGAUUGGCGAGAGAAUGGGGUAACUCCUCUUACUUGGAAGCAGAGAGUGACAAUAGCUUUGGAUGUGGCAAGAGGAGUGGAAUAUCUACACAGCUUAGCUCAACAAAGUUUCAUUCACAGAGAUUUGAAACCUUCAAAUAUACUUCUUGGCGAUGACAUGAGGGCGAAGGUUGCGGACUUUGGUUUGGUUAAAAAUGCCCCUGACGGAAAGUAUUCAGUUGAGACACGAUUGGCAGGGACAUUCGGGUAUCUUGCACCAGAAUAUGCAGCUACCGGCAGAGUGACAACAAAGGUGGAUGUUUAUGCAUUUGGAGUGGUGUUGAUGGAGUUGAUGAGUGGUCGAAAAGCUCUAGAUGAUACCAUGCCAGAUGAAAGGUCUCAUUUGGUCUCAUGGUUUCGCAGAGUCCUUGUCAACAAAGAAAACAUCCCCAAGUCCAUCGACGAAACUCUUGACCCUGAUGAGGAGACAAUGGAGAGCAUAUACAAAGUUGCUGAGCUUGCGGGACACUGCACAGCUCGUGAGCCAUAUCAGAGACCAGACAUGGGCCAUGCAGUCAACAUCUUGGGUCCUCUUGUUGAGCACUGGAAACCUACAACCCAUGAAGAAGAAGAUGAAAACAGUGGCAUUAACAUGCACAUGAACCUUUCACAAGCAGUGCAAAGAUGGCAAGCUGAUGAAGGUACUUCAAGGAUGUUUGAUGAUCUGUCCUAUAGCCAUACUCAAUCAAGCAUCCCUUCAAAACCUUCCGGGUUUGCAGACUCAUUUGAUUCAAUGGACUGCCGAUGAUAGAGAAAAUGAAGAUUGAAUUGAUAAACACUUUGAAGACAAAGAGAAAGAGACUCCAAAAGGAGGGGAUUACAAGAAAAGGAGACCAGGUAAUGCAUCAAGCAGUUUUUGAUCCUGGGGGAUCACCUGCUUGUUGUUUUCUCAAUCUUUACCAUGCUGAACCUCAUGCAUUAACCUGUAAAAACUCUGUUGUUGUCAAUUCUUUAGCUAACAGAUUGUUUUGGUCAUGAUCAGACAGAAAAACGAUGAAACACAUCAAAGAGUGUUGUAUGAUAUUCUUUCACCAUACUUAUUAAAAGCCAUUAUUUGAUUUUUACUUCAA